GUAGAUCAGCUACAAAUCUUUAGGAAUUUCAUUUCAAAGUUGUCAUAAAUUUAAUAAAUAAAAUAAAUUUAUUGUUUUAAAAUCAGUAACGAAUAGCUUUGAGUUAUCAAAGUAAAAUUUUGAAGAAAAAAAGUUAAAAUUCUCUUAUUAAAAGAGAAACCCGUAUUUCCAUUAAAACUGGAACACUAUAUAAGUGUAUUUGUAUAUAUAGUAUAUAUUAUAUACUCUGGUGCCUUUGUUUUAAAGUAAAACAUUCCAAAUCAUGGAUCCAUCCACUAAUGAUGGAAAUAGAUUGAAAAAAAUGUUUAGUUGGGUUGAACCACAAGUCAACAAUCCUGGUCUAAACAACACAAACAUGGAGGACGGCAGUACAACUUGGAGUCGCCAGCAAAAUGCUGUGUCAGUUCGCCAUGCUUUUAAAUCAUAUGGAGGAAAAUCCAAACGUAAUCAAGUACUUUCAAAUCUCAAUAUGACGGUAGCUAAAGGGACAAUCUAUGGAUUGCUGGGAGCCUCCGGUUGCGGUAAAACAACUUUACUGUCAUGCAUUGUGGGAAGACGUAGACUUAACUCUGGUGAAAUAUGGGUACUUGGAGGAAAGCCAGGAACAAAAGGAUCAGGUGUUCCGGGAAAAAGAGUUGGCUAUAUGCCGCAAGAAAUUGCAUUGUAUGGCGAGUUUUCAAUUAAAGAAACGAUGACUUAUUUUGGUUGGAUUUUUGGAAUGCAAACGUCAGAAAUCAUCGAAAGAUUACAUUUUUUGUUGAAUUUUUUGGAUUUGCCAUCAGAAAACAGAUUGGUUAAAAAUCUAAGUGGUGGACAACAAAGACGAGUUUCAUUCGCGGUUGCACUCAUGCAUGAUCCUGAAUUAUUAAUCCUUGAUGAACCAACGGUUGGAGUAGAUCCGCUUCUUCGACAAAGUAUUUGGAAUCAUUUGGUUCAUAUCACAAAAACUGGUCAAAAAACAGUUAUAAUAACAACACAUUAUAUUGAAGAAGCUAGACAAGCUCAUACGAUUGGUUUGAUGCGAUCUGGUCGAUUGUUGGCAGAAGAAUCUCCUCAGGUUUUACUUUCAAUGUAUCGUUGUCAAAAUCUAGAAGAUGUUUUUCUUAAGCUAUCUAGAAAACAAGGACAAUCGGUUACUCCUGCAGAAUUGAAUAUAAGCAAUAAUAUAUCACUUUCAGCUUUGGCUUUUGGCAAUAAGAAAGACAAUCCUGUCUACGUAAGUCAAGAAAGCGGUGUAGUCGGAUUGAAUUUUCAUCAAAGUAAGGAAGUAUUGGUUACCGAAACUAACGGAUCUGUAUAUGGACUUAAUGGCGAAGGCAGUCAUCACAAUAAUAGUAUAGCUAAUGUUGAUUGUAACGAAUGCAGCGACUGCAGCGGUUGUUUGAAUAUUACAUCUCGAGGAAAAAUGAGAGCACUUCUCCAAAAAAACUUUUUACGUAUGUGGCGAAAUGUUGGAGUCAUGCUCUUUAUAUUUGCCUUGCCAGUUAUGCAAGUUAUCCUUUUUUGUCUGGCUAUCGGGCGAGAUCCGACUGGAUUAAAAUUAGCAAUAGUGAAUCAUGAAAUGAAUGGAACAAAUACAGAGUGCGAGUUCGAACCUGGUUGUAGUUUUACAAAUUUAUCGUGUCGAUAUUUAAAUCAUUUGAACACAAGUAUAAUAAAGGAAUAUUACGACGAUCAAGACGCGGCACUUGAAGCUGUAAGAAUGGGCAAUGCAUGGGGUGCAUUAUAUUUUACAGAAAACUUUACGGAUGCUUUAGUAGCUCGUAUUGCUUUAGGAAGAGACGCUGACGAUGAAACUUUAGAUCAAUCAGAAAUUAGAGUUUGGUUAGACAUGUCUAAUCAACAAAUUGGUAUAAUGUUAAACAGAGAUCUUCAGAUAUCAUACAAGGAAUUUGCUCAGGACUUAUUGAAAGCAUGCGACAACAACCCGAAACUUGGCGACGUACCUAUACAAUUCAAGGAGCCUAUAUAUGGAACAAACGAUCCAUCAUUUACAGAUUUUGUUGCCCCUGGUGUAAUUUUAACAAUUGUGUUUUUCUUAGCAGUAGCGCUUACUUCUUCUGCAUUAAUUAUUGAAAGAACAGAGGGUCUACUAGAUAGAUCGUGGGUAGCUGGAGUAACACCCACUGAAAUCCUUUUUUCACAUGUAGUUACACAAUUCGUAGUAAUGUGCGGACAGACAGCUCUAGUUUUAAUUUUUAUGAUAAUUGUCUUUGGUGUAACAAACAAUGGAGAAAUAUCAUUAGUUAUUGCAUUGACGUUGCUUCAAGGCUUGUGUGGAAUGUGCUUUGGAUUUGUUAUUUCAGCUAUCUGUGAAUUGGAAAGGAAUGCUAUUCAAUUGGCUUUGGGUUCUUUUUAUCCAACACUAUUGUUGUCUGGAGUGAUUUGGCCUAUAGAAGGAAUGCCCCUGUAUUUGAGGUAUAUAUCACAGUGUUUGCCACUCACUAUGGCUACUACAUCUCUAAGAUCUAUUUUAACACGUGGAUGGUCCUUCAGCGAGUUUGAUGUUUAUAUGGGUUUCAUUUCCUCAAUACUUUGGAUAUUUCUCUUCUUAGUCAUAACAGUUAUUACCCUAAAAGUUAAAAGAGGAUAAGUUGUUGUGCAUCUCGACAAAUAAUUUUACAUGCAAAAAUGAAUUAUGGAAACUUUUUCUAUAUGAUUUCGGUUAUGAAAUGUCUACUAUUUAUGUUAGAAUAGUUGAUUUCAAUCAAAUCAAUUUAUCCAAUUUUUAAAUUUUAUUUUUAUACUUCAAUGGAAUGUGGAAAUUAUUAGGUAUUGUAUAGUCGGUAAUAACUGAUUGCUCAUUCUAUUUUAAUCAAAGGGCUCAAUCAAAUUUUCUAAAUUUUUCAAAUAUAUUUUUUUUUAUUUAAACAUAAAUAAAUAAAUAAAUAAUCUAUUUGAUUAACAUUGUAUGAGGAAUAAAUAUUUAUAUAAAUAAAAAUGAAA